CUCAUCAGCGCCAUGCCACGGCUGGUGGAGGCCAUGGCACACACGGCCGGACGAACGCCAGCCCCGUCAUCCAAUCUUCACCCACCGGCCUGGUGCGUGCGCCGGGCACUCGACUCGACCGGGCCCAUCCAUGCCCUCGUCCCCCAUCCGGGUCCCACCUCGCCGUCGCUCAUAAGAAGACGAAGAAGAAGCAAGCUGCUACCAACUACUACUACGACCAUUACCGCUUCGUCUGUGUACGUCGUUGCCUAGCCACGAGCUUCGUUCUUCUGCAGAGACAACGCACGCACGCACGCACACGCCUACGUACCAACAACGUAGCUCGCACGAGCCCCAGCCUGCACAUAGUAUCUACUUACACAUACAGCACAUACUCUACUACAGACCUUGCACCGAACGACAGACGCACACACCCAGCGUGAGGCCGGAACCCUGCGUUGCGAUAGACUUUCCAUUGGUCCCGUCGCCCCCCGUCCUCCUUGGCUUACACCAGCAAUUCACCCGGAUCGCCGGGCACCACGUUCAGCUCCACCGGGUCGUCACAUCAUCACAUCACCAGGCUCCUUGCCCAGCCGUGUUCGCUGGCUGGCUGCCCGUUUCGGCGACGAGCUGAAGCUGGACCUGGCCCUACAGGCGCGCCAUGCCCGACCUGGCCGGACACCACGACUAUUGUUGAGUGCCACAAAAUUACCACGGAGCCCACGAUCCGAUAUAUCCAGAACACGCCCGGCCUGGCGCCGUGAACAUUGCCCCAUCCAUCUUCACCUUUCCCGUUGCUCGUUGGGCCCCGAUUGCCUCACGGCGCGGAGAUAGCAGGAUCGCUCCCCCAUGCAUUGAUUGAUGCCCCGACGUCGAUACUCAACGGGUCGACGCCGGGCAUUGUCCGCAUCGCAUGACAACUGCCUUUUGCCUGACACUGUACCCUCCCCGGUCGAGGAAGACCCUUGCUGGCCACAACACCCCCGGCAUCCACUGCUGGCUGUCAAUCCAACAUUCGCAUUCAGCAUUCCCUAUACAGAAACCCGAGUACCGGAUACACAAGAACAACCGCCAACACCCAGCUUGCGCGCCGGGUUUGGACACCGCACGCGAAAUCAAUAUAGCGAACGACCCGUCCCCCCACACAGCCCGCCAGUUGGCUAGUCCCUGUCGACAGCCAGAAGAGGUUGAUUCCUGGUCGACGUUGACUUGGGUCUACGACCUACUUCAACUGCUACUCCCACUAUUAAGCGCCCGGCUCCUGCUCCUACCUCUUUGGCCUUCAUCCCCGUCAAUAGCUUCGCGGCGCAUCCUGGGCGCUUGCGGCCAAUCCUCCCCCAACGGUCGUCCCCCAUUGGCCAAUUCCCGUUUCCGACAGACUGGCGCCGGCGCCUCGCAAAACAUGGGACGGCGAGGUUGCGCCUCGGUGCUUCGCGAGCUGCUCUGAUUGAUCGAUUCUUCGACGUCCGAGUGCGGCAAGACAAAGUCCACCACCAUCGCUUUGCGGCGUGUCGUGCGUCGUGCAUCUGCAUCGGCGCAGUCGGAGUCAGCCGCCUGGGCGAGGCGACAGGUGGAACAAGCGCGUUGUUGGCCAGCGCUGUGAAGGACGGCGCCUCGCUUAUACGUGGCGGCGCAGUAAGAGUAUUUACUUGCCGCCCUUGCCUCGCCUCGCCAUGGAUCCCACGACGACGCUCAUCACCUUUCUUCUUCAAACGGAUCCUUCGGUCCAGUCUGUUCAGCUCAUUGGCUCCUGGGACAACUUUUCCACGUGUUACACCAUGAGACGGGAUGUCCGACGCGGCCGCGGUCAAUGGCGAGGCUGUUAUUCCUUCAAGGAUAUUGUUUGCGACGACGUCGCCGCGUCUGCUGCUCCCAGGAAUGGAGGGCUCAAGAUGGGCGCCACCUACUACUACUAUUACGAGCUGGACGGAUCCACCGAGACUCACGAUCCCGCUGAGCCUUGGACAACGGCAUGCCCGUCCCUGCCCGGGCAGACGGUCAAUACCCUCAUCGUUCCCGUCGAGCAAAGUCUUCGCCAACGCAGCGCCUCUCUCACCUCUGUGCGCCCAGAGAGCUUCAGGACCAUGGAUCCCGAUGCCAAGUUCACCACGCCACGCCCGGCCCCUGCUCCCGUCAUGGAGCCAACAGUUCGCCGCCUCGGUUCGGCCUCGACCUUACUCCAGAAGCGCCCCUGCACGCGCUCACCAUCUCCUGCGCCUUCAUGGAAGCGCUUCUUUACGCGGAAAUUAGGCCACAGAGAGACAGACCGAUCGCCCACGCGAUGUCAAUCCGCCGACUGUAAUGAAGCUGUUGAGUGCGGCUCCCUUCUGCAAGCCUCGCCAAUCCAUACGCGCAGCUCUACGCCCUCAGACGGAGCACGCACGAGGGAUCUGUCGCCCGAGUCUUUGCGGCGCUUCCUCUCCGACGGCACUCCAACUCACGCUGAGCCUGUGACCCACCAGCCAUCGACCUUGUCUAUCCCUGACGAAAUCGCGGAGGAUGUUGAUGAUGACGACAACUUCGCAACGUCUGCAAUCUCUGAGAACCAAGUCUACGCCACGUCCUUGUCUCCACCUCCCUUCCAGCGCACAGCGUCAGCGGACACCAUACCGAGAGCGGCGAUUAACUUGAGCUCAACCACUCUCUCCGCCAGGCAGCCUUCUGACCAGAAGAUGCCGGAAGACUGUCAAGCGGAUGACUAUCAAGCGGAGCAACCCGUGCCUGAAAAGUCAAUUCCGAAAGUCGAAACCCACGCAAAGCCUCGCUGGUCUAUAUCGGCAACGUCCAGCGCACUAGCAACUCCCAUUUCUCCCCAGCUGGUUGCGGACGACCCUCCGUCCUUUUACGAUUCUAAUGACGAAGACGAUGAUGUCGUAUCCACAAUUGAAACAGAUAAUCUUUGUCACCGAGCUGUCAUCGACGCACCCCUCUCGGACCAAGGUUUUCGAGGUUACAGUCUGCCGCGUCAAAGCGGUGAAGAGAAGAGCAUGGCUGAGCCGAGGCCGGCCAUAAAGUCAUUCAGUUCUCCGCAGCUUCUUCCCGGAGCCGACAGCAGAAAUGAACAAGUCGGUGGAACCAAUCUACUUGGCACACAUAUCGACACAGGCCUCGACGACUUUGUCAGCGAAAUGGGAUGGAUCGUGGGCGCCAUCGGCUGCAAAGAGACUCAUUAGCUUAGGCGUUUGCGUAAGCAGCUCGCCCUGAAACACGCCAUAUGGGCGGCACGCCGCCUUAUUUACGACUCUCAUCUAGGGCCAUAGGUCGGAUGUCUUGCACAUGAAACCCACUCCGGCACGAUCCGCCCCACGCGUGCCAUUUCUUUACAUCUCAUGGGCGUACGCGUAGGGCAUUGAAUGAAAGAGAGGCCACGAACUUUGAUACCCAUGUAUUUUUACAAUACGCUUUGCUGCAGGAUACUAUAGACGGGGAGGCAGAAGCCCCCCACAUAUCUCGUCGUUGAACGAGACGCUUUUGGGGGCGAGAAAGGCGCACGAGAGCAUCUGAUAUUGAGACUUGCUACGUACAAGCAAGUUACAAAAGGGGGUAUCUUUGCUCAAGCAUCUGCCGUUCUUGAUGUAUUUUGUUGUCUGAGCUUCAUAGUAAUGGGAGAAUUUAACUGGACGGCGAAACAUGGAC